GAGCGAUGUCGUCCUAUACAUGUUCCCAACCGGCGACACCAGCCGCGUGAAGCUCGCCACCGAACUUCUCCUCCUUGGGUUUCUGAUGGACGAUUGGUUCGACCACCACCCGCCAGCCGAAGUCUCCUCGGUCGUCUCACGCCUACAGUCGCUCCUCUCCUCCCCUUCCAGCUUCUCCCCCCGCACAACCAUCGACCGAAUGCACGCAACGCUCUUUGCACGAAUCCUCGCCGACCCCUCCCCGUUCUCUUCCUCGGAUUCCUCCUCCUCCUCCUCCUCCUCCUCCUCGCGCAAGGUCCUCGAAGCCUACAUGGCCAUGCUCGCAUGCCACUGCUGGCCGUCGCGCAGCAGCAGCAGCAGCAGCAGCAAUGACUCGGGCUCCGAUCAUGUCUCGGCCGGUCCUACGAGUACCCUGGGCCGUUACCUAUCCUUCCGCGAGGUCGACGUGGGCAUGCCCAUCUGCGCGGAGCUGCUGUACUGGACCGAGCCCGACCUCUUGGACUCGGACGACAGCAACAACGACGAGGCCGACAAGUGGCGGGCGGCGCUGCGCCCGCUCGAGAAAGUGGCGCACUACCACGUCAGCAUCCUCAACGACGUCUUUUCGUUUGAGAGGGAGUGGAAGGCGGCCGCGCAGGCGCCGCUGCUCGCCCGGGACGGAGGGGGCGGCGCAGCGGCGGUGCCACUGGUCAAUGGCGUGGCGGUUCUGGCGAGGGAGGCCAACGUGUCCAUGGAAUCCGCGCGGCGACUGUGUAUUGCGCUCGUGAGGGCUUGGGAGGUGGAGUUUCUGAGCAUGGCUGAGGAGUUGCUGCUGCUGUUCCGUCGUUCACGUGCCGAGGCGGGGCAAACGGAUGAGGGAGAGGCGGGGAGGCGGUUGGUGAGGGUGCUCAAGGGGAUUGAACGGAGGAUGACUGGUGCCGAGGCGUUUUCGUGGCGGACGUCGAGGUACCUUUAGCCAUGCUUCUACGCGCAUUUUUAUAUUUGCAAGCGCGAGGACUCGGAAAGUUGCUAUGGACCCUUAAACAGCUUCCAGUCGUUACCCAUCGUUCCAU